ACAAGGAAGCCAUGCAACUACCACAGCGAAUGUCUAAAAAAUCCCUCAGUAAUUCACCCAUCACUGCUCAUUUGCAUACAGGCCCAUGGGGCAUCCCUAUCCUCGGAUACGCCCCUUUCAUCCACGGAGAUUACGAGUUGAAGACAUUGACGGCAAUGAGAAAGAAACACGGCGACAUCCUCACAAUGAGCAUAUUCCAGAAGGAGGUCGUGGUCCUGAGCGACUGGGAACUCGUCCGAGACUUCUUCGGUCGACUGGAGGUCUCAGGACGGCCGGACUUGCCUCUCCUUCGCCCGGAUUCGGGGGAACUCGGUCUUGCAUUUUCGCAGGGGAGAAGUUGGCAGGAAAACCGUCGCUUAACCGUCCGCAUUUUCAAGAAUUUCGGCUUCGGGAAUGAGGAAGCUUUGGAUUCCAUCAUCCAAGACUCAGUCCUCAAUCUCUGCCAAUUCCUGAAAGAGAAUCAGCACAAGUCCCAAGAGCUUGGACCACACCUCAAUAUCGCCGUUCUUAACAUCAUCUGGAAAAUUAUUGCAGGCAGGCAAUUCCCUCAAGGCGAUGCCACAAUGCAGGGCAUCGUGAAUAAAUACAACCAAGUAUUAGCGGAUUCCCGCGUCCUUGAUGGCUUUCACCCCGCGCCAAACUUGGUCUACCUCUGGCCGCCAGCGCUCCGAGCCUUCAAGGCGACGCGACAAUGCAGGGCAUCG